GACACUAACACCAUAAACAUAUUAUAGUUACUCUAAAGUGUGAUAUGUGUAGCUAUAUGUUUUUUUUAAAUAUAUGAAUAUAUUUACAAACGGUAUUCGCGACUGAUGUUCAACUAGCAGAGAAUCAAGUUUAUUCCAGGAACCAAACGUAAAAACAGGAAAAUCUCUAAAUUUAUGAAUAAGAACGUGAAUCCCAACAGUCUGAAGUCAGGCAUAGUUCGCACAGUAAUUUGGAGCUACAAAACGAGAAUAGUAUGAUGUAAUCGAAAGUCAACAUGCCAAACUUCAGUUUCACGGAUUUGUUUCUUGUAUGCGGCUGCACCAUUGUAGUAGCUUUCCUGCUGUCCAUAAUUGUGGACUGGGGCCUUGAAUUCUUCUGCGCCGAACAUGAUAAGCCGUUUUUCAGUUAUGGUUAUGCCAAUCACAAUGGUCCUCAUACAUGGCGGAAUUACUAUCCGGAAUGCGACGGCAAGAACCAGUCCCCGAUAAACCUGAUGACGAAAAAGGCCUUGGUCGUGAACGACAGCGAUGACCUGCUGUGGUUUAACUACCACAUACCACCCUCUUGCAUCAAAAUCUUCAACGAUGGCCAAACAGUGUUGGUGAGGGCGCAGUGGCCCGAGGCCUUGUGGCCGACAAUCAUCUGCGGACCACUGAAUGAACAGUACGGGUUUCAUACCAUCUUAUUCCGCUGGGGGCCCGAGGACGAGGAGGGCAGUGAACAUACCGUCGAUAACAGGAGCUACGCUAUGGAGCUGCAGAUGGUUCACGUCAAGAAGGGAUUCACCACGCCUCUGAGCGCCAUCAGGUCUGGCGCUAAGGACGGCCUUGUCAUCGUCUCCUUCCUAUUUAAGUUAAUGCCCGUGGACAAUCCCCUGUUGGACCGCGUGGUUUACAACCUGUGGCGCAUCACCUCGCCUGGGAGCAACGUGACAAUCCCGGCCUUUCCUUUGAACUGGUUCUUCGAGCCAUUUUGCAGCAACUACUACACUUACAACGGCUCUCUGACGCAUCCGCCCUGCAGCGAGAGUGUCUUGUGGAUAAUUCAGCCAGAGGCUCUCGCAAUUUCCAGCAGACAGCUGGCCGAGUUCAGGAAGCUCAUGUCACACGAUGGGCGUAUGACCAGUAACUCGAGGCCAGUGCAGAAGAACUCCCAGGACGUUUACUUUUACAGUUCGAAUUAGUUUGGUGGAGAUUAUAAUCGUUCUGGCAACAUGUGGACCAUUGCCUCAUUUAAAUACGUGGAGCAUCCAAAGUGAUAAAUUAUUUAAUGUGUUUUCUGUUAUUUUAUUAAGAAGAGAAUGUGUGUCUGUUAUAAAUAAUUGUAAUCGUUGACAUGGUAAAGCUGUUAAGGGAUUUUCGACAAUAACUGCUGCCAUGAUAAUACUUUUAAAUUAUUCUCAGUGUUGUGGUUUGCAUUAAUGAUAAUAAAAUAAGUUAUUCUUACCCCUA